AUGUGUCCUCAUUGCUAUCGGUUUCUGACUAGCGGAGCUCCUCCUGCGCCUCCGACCAUGACUUCUUCACUGCAGGGCGAUCUCUUCCUGGAGUAGCACCUCUUCGCGGCUAGCUGCCAGAAAAAAAAAAAAAAAAAAAAAGCAAUUACUGCAGUAAGUUCUCUUUUCACGACGCUGUGAAAGGUGGACUCAGCAAGAUUCCGGCAAUCAAGAACUGAGGGUCAGUGUAUGUCAAUACAGAGAAAGAGAGAGAGAGAGAAGGAGAGAGAAGGAACUUGUGUGGAAGCUUCGAGACAUGGCCGAUGAAGAGCAGACGUGGGAGUCAGAAGAUUGGGAUGCCGAUGGACCCAAGAUUGCCAACCUGAGGUCUGCAAAAGCGGAAGGGGGUGAGGGCGAAGAAGCACGCGAUGACGAGCAGCCAAGGCCACCACAGAAGGAAGGCACUAGCACCAGUGCAGGUUCAGCAGCAGACCCUCGAGUUCAGCGAAUGAGCCGCAAGCAGCGGAUGAAGCAGAUGUUGAAGAAAGCUGAUCAGAAGACGUUGGAAUCUGGCCACGAAGACAAAAUCGAAGUCCUUCGGGACCUCAUGGGCCAGACGGAGGAACACGAUGACGAGCGAAAAGAUGUGAAGGAGCGCAGCAAUGAAUGGCUGCAUCGUCACUGUCAGGAAUCGUUGUUCGAACGAGAGCCCAAGGCCAAGUGAAUGGGAAAAAUAGCCUCCCUGCCCGUGAUCCGCCUCCCCUUACUGAUCAUUCCAUCCUCCUCCUCUGCUCCUGCAGUGGUCAGCCACAGAUACCCCUCCAAAGGUUUGCGAUUCCCCCUGUGCCCUCCUUAGCAUCUCAUGAAAGUUAGGGGUCUGUAAUCAGGAGUGUCUAGUUUAGUGUUAAUUAAGCACUCUGACGGGGCCAGCGGGGAAAGGGGGGGGUAGAAGAGGGGGAGUAAUUUCCCCUCACCUCAGGAUCUCACUCCAAGAGGAAAAGGAUUCCUUCCCAGAGAAGCUAAUGUGCUAUUCUGAAGCGGUGUCGCUACUGCCGUAUGUAUUGUACUGGACUUCUGAUGCCCUUCAAAGCAAACUUCUCUGUGAAGUCCCUCUCUCUCUGAUGUUGUUCGGGGAGAGGAUAUGAUGUGAGGGAAUGCUGCUGCUCCUAUGGGUGGCAGCGGGUGUGGCUUUCCAUUUUAUCUUUUGCUGAUGGAGUUAAAUUGAGCCCGCUGCUGGGUCUCUGCUGCAGACUCGGACAGGCCAUAGUGUUUAGAAUCCUUAAGAUGAUGAAAUAUCCAACACAACAGUCCAGACUGGGACAGGCCAUGGUGGAAUAUUGGGGUGAAUAGAGUAUGCAAACGGGGUUAGAUGAUGAACGGCGGUAGCGCUGAGGUUUAUGGUGUGAAGUUGUGCGCCCUGAAUUGAAACUGAGUAGAGUUGUUGAAGGUUGAGGUUGAAGAGAAAUCAAAAAGAAUGGAGAAAGUGAAAAAAAACAGUGUGGGAAAGUAAGGUCCAGCCAGAGGCUACCCAUCCUUGAGAGGUAAAAAAAAAGAAGCUUCGACCAGUCAGAGGCAUGAGGGCUGCGCGUUUGCACAGGGCGGCUGAGAGAAGUACGGUGCCGUCUGCCUGCCGAAGGUGGAGUUUGAGGAAUGAGCAGAAUAGGAAAACUGAAAGCAGGAGUGUGAUGCGUCCUGGACGACAUUUACCUCGCCUCCACAGGAGGAGGGUUAUGGCAAGUGCAAGCAUUACAGGAGGACGGGUGUUAGAGCAAGGCCCAGCAGGAGGUUGCUUCAGCAAGAGGUGGUUUCAGCAGGAGGUCUCUUGAGGAGGAGGAGGUCUCUCCAGAAGCUUUGGGAUGGAUCGAUGGGGACGAGGUGGCUUAAGGUGUGGACAUGGGGGCGGGGGAGAAGGGUCGUUGGGGGGGGGGGUGGGCCAAGGGGGGGGGGGGGGGGGGGGGGGGGGGGGGGGGGGGGGGGGGGGGGGGGGGGGGGAGGAGGGGGAGGGUAGGGGGGAUUGAGAACCUGAUCGUGAACUUAUGCGAGGAAAGCAGGCAUGUGAGGUUCAUACUCCGUACUUGAUUAGGUGUUAGGUCCGGUUCACACGCUCUCGACAUAGGAAUGUGGAGAGGGUGGAGGGGAAGGAGACAGAGAGAGUACGGAGUUGGAGGUGGUCUGAGUGAGUGAGAUGUUGGAGCUGCAACAGCACAGGGGCUCAGCGGAAUUGGCCAUCAAUCAACCAGCUAGAAUGCCUAAUCCACCCAGAAAGCUAUGCAUGGCAGUCUUUCUGAGGGUUAUCUAAAGGUGUUGACGUUUUUUGUACGAAGAGGACAUAUGUGUUCAGGGCUAGACAUUUUCGUUGUGUCAAGCAGGGAGGGGAGUAUAGGGAGUUUAGCUCUUGCAGAACGAUGGGAGUUCUGUGUGCAUAUGGAUAUGAUGAUGCUAUAAGAAGCGCGCCUUUCAAUAGCACAAUUGGUUGAGUCAUCCACAGGAGGAAGAUUCAGAUUCCAGAGGUAACAGCACAUUUGCUGGUAGUUGAUGCCCUACAUUUGGUGCUUGUUAGGUAGGUCUGGCCCUCUGGAGCCAGGGGGGGUUUGUGAGCUUGACGGAAACUGGGUGCCCUGCCAGCAAGCAGCGUAUCUAGACAACGAAGCGAUGUGCAAGGUUCUCGAUUUUGGAACGGG